UUGAUGAUGUUUCGUUUGCAGGAUGCAGACGGUGGAAGUGAACGUAAAAACGGUUUGCAAGGAUGGACGUCCGGAGCAUAAAGCGGAAGUGCCUUUGGCUCUGUGGCUGAAGAGCCACCAAAACACGCUGUGGAAAAUGGGCCACGGGUUUUCCUUCGUGCAACUCUUGGUAUCUGGUAAAUAUUCAUUUGCUGCCUUCUCCGGAAUGCACAACGGUACGACCCUUCCAGACAACAAGGAGGGCCUGAUUCAAAAGGCCCGCAACAAUUCCUUCGUGGCUUCCUACACUGAAAUCCCUUCGGCCAAAACCAUCAGCCUGGAAUACAAGAGGAUUUGUGGCUCAACCGUCAUCACCACCACUCCACCACCCCAGGCGGCAGAAAACCUGACCGUGAAAGUCCACCAACUCAUUAACCUUUGCAAGCCGUGGAAGUGUUUGGAUAGCAGCAUCGAAAUUGCUCUUCUCAAGAUCUAUCUGGCGGCUUUACCGACACGGGUCGAUGCCAUCACCUUGAAAGAUCCCAGCUGCAGGGCCAGGGACAACACAACUCACUUUGUCCUCAACAGCAUCCUGGAUAAAUGUUCCACCCAACUCGAAGGGGGGGUCCACGUGAAAAACCAGCUCAUCCUAACGCUGCCUGUGUUUCCGGGGAAAGUCACGGUACCCUUUGAAUGUGAUCUACCAGAGAAAGUGUCUCUCCAGCUCUACACCGCGGAAGAUUUUGCCUCGCCGAGCAAUCCGGUGAUACAAGCUCACCAAGUUACCUAUGUGGAGGUCUCGCUCCGAACGGCCAUGAAGCAAUUUUCCCUAGAAAUGGGGGAUUGUUUCCUAAAACCCCAAGACAACACGCCUCAGCUGCUCUUCCACCAAGGGGUUUCUCUGAGCUACUCGGUGGUGACCCUGAAAUCCCCCAGCCCGAAGACCCAACGCUUCAGCUUCACCUACAAGCCAGAAGAAGAGCUGUGGUCCAUCGAUUCGGCCACCCUCGUUUGCGUGGUCCACCUGAACACCUCGAACGGCAAACUCCGAAGCUACGAAGGCUCUUUAGAAGUGAUGCUGAAAAAUUAUAACCCUGGAUCCCACAAUGAAGGAUUGAGGAUUAGCACUGUGCUGGGAAUUGCCUUUGGAGCAUUUUUGAUCGGAGUCCUGCUCACCGGGGCCUUGUGGUACAUCUAUUCUCACACUCGUCCCAUCACCAAAACCCAACCAGCCUCGGCGAACCCGCCUGCAUCGGAGAGCAGCAGCACCAACCACAGUUUGGGCAGCACUCAAAGCACCCCUUGUUCCACCAGCAGCAUGGCAUAGCCCCCUAAAAAACAGGGGAACCACAAGGACUUCCCACAGAGGGAAAGCAUCUGGACUGCAGAGCGGUUGGGUUCCAAGGCUAGUGAAGAAUGUUCACCUCCAAGCCAGCGGGGACUUCCUUCUUCUUCUUCCGACAUCGAAACGUUGGGCGUUUCCAGCCAGCAACUUCUUGGAAACUAUCGGGAUGGGUUGAGGGGCACAGGGGUCCCAGCCCCUUAAUCUGAGACUAGCCAUUGGAUCCCCCAUAAAUGUGACCAAUUGUUGCCAAGGUCUUCAAGGUUGGACGGUUGGAUUAGACUCUUCUUGUGUUAGGCAUCAGGUAGUAAGUGGGAGACUCUAUGGACUUUUGCUAAUUUCUUAACCACAGCAGCACCUAAUCUCACUCCCAAAAGAAACCAGGGUGAACUAGGUUUGUGGGAGGUUUGCUUGGUCUCCUGGCUAAAACCCCGGAGGACAAAAGUAUUGUCUGAAUCGGGAAUCCCCGUAAGAUUGAGAAGUUACCUUCUCGUGUGUCUUGUCCUCCAGCUAUGACAGAUCCAACUUUGCUGGUGGGGUGACGGCCAGGACUCCUGGGCCACCAGCUAUGGAGGUUCUUCCACGGGUCAUCAAACCUAGGUAACGCCAGGAAAUACGUUCCCCUUUCUGUUGGAGUUGGGAGUUGGCCUUCCAGUGGCAUAGCUCCCGAUUGCCCCCGGACUCCGAGUCCCAUCAACUUUCAAGAGUGAACAUGCUGGGAAUCAUGGGAAUGAGUGCCCACCUGAAAAAUAUCCACUUCUUCUUAGGAGAACAUCAAAGUCCCGCCCCACCCUUAAAAAUUGGCAUCACAGCAACCUUUCAAGAUAGAAGAAGCAAGAGUCGAGCAAGGGGUUAGACUAGAAGGCCUCCGAGGUGCCUUCCAACUCCGUUAUAAGUCAGAGUUCAUUCAGGAGGGAGUCUCCCACAUUUCCUGUGUGUUUUGCAGCCCCCCCAAGAUAACGGCAAAUCAUAUCCCUGCAUUUUGGGCCCUUCUGCACCCUGCUUGGUUGGGUUCACGCACCAAUGGGCCACCCGAGAAUUAAUCCGAAUUAUACUCACUUCAGCCAGUUUGUAGGGGAAGAGCAAAUAGGUUUUAGCAUUCCUCCUCGUUGUAAAAGGACUUGGGGGCCACCUCUGUUCUGAAAGACAUAUAAUUGUACGUAUAUAAAUAACUUUACAUAGAAUAUAUUUUGUAAACCGUAUACAGGGAAAUAAUACUGUGCCUAC